UUGAAAACACCAUCCCUUUAUCUAGAAAAGAUGAAGUGCCCAACUGCAUGGUCAGUACUGCAUCAAAGCAAGGUUUUGCUAUCUACGUAGAUGACCCAGAAGAUAAAGAAAACUACAGCUGCCAAGUGUCUGAAGAGCUGGAAUUAAGCCACUGUGAACUAGAUACCAGUGCAAUGACAUCCAGUAUUCACCGGCUGCUGGAUCUGAGUUCAGGCUCUCCUAUGGUAGUGGACGCAUCCUUCCAAUCUCAGCCAGAGGAUCACAUGGAAGAUGUUGUAACUCUGGCUGUGGGAGAGUAUGCAGAAGACAUUCAUCAGUACCUCCGAGAGGCUGAAGUAAGAUUUAGGCCCAAGCCCUACUACAUGAAGAAGCAGCCAGAUAUCACAACAGGAAUGCGUGCUAUCCUAGUAGACUGGCUGGUGGAAGUGGGGGAAGAAUAUAAACUUCGGACAGAGACUUUGUACUUGGCAGUGAACUUCCUUGACAGGUUUCUUUCCUGCAUGUCUGUUCUCAGAGGGAAGCUACAGCUUGUAGGAACAGCAGCAAUUCUUCUGGCUGCGAAGUAUGAAGAGAUCUACCCACCAGAUGUGGAUGAAUUUGUCUAUAUAACAGAUGAUACCUACACAAAGAAGCAGCUGCUAAGAAUGGAACACUUGCUUCUCAAAGUACUGGGUUUUGACUUAACAGCCCCAACCAUCAACCAGUUCCUCCUUCAGUAUAUUCAGAGGCGUGGAAUCUGCAUGAGGACAGAGAACUUUGCAAGGUAUCUUGCAGAGCUGAGUCUCCUUCAAGCUGAUCCUCUUCUGAAGUACCUUCCUUCCCAAAUUGCUGCAGCAGCCUACUGUUUAGCAAACUAUACAGUGAACAGAUCUUUCUGGCCAGAAACACUUGCUGCAUUUACUGGAUAUUCAUUAAGUGAGAUAGUGCCUUGCCUGACUGACCUGCACAAAGCAUGCCUUGAUGCUCCCCAUUGCCAGCUGCAAGCUAUUAAGCAGAAGUAUAAGCACCCCAAGUACCUGCAGGUGUCUCUUUUGGAGCUCCCAGCAGUUCUUCCUCUACGCUAGACACUGUGGAUCCUGGACCUGAAGAUUACUGUGUCCCAAUCAACAAAGCUGGUCUAACAUUUCAUAGAACACUGCGGGUCAUGUGUCUGUAACCAUAGUGAUCAGAAUGGUUUUUAAGCUAAUACUGCUUAAUGAGAUGCUUUUUAAAAAUAGAUAUUAGACUAUAGCUCUUAACAUAACUGACAGCACUUUUAAUAAAUGUCUUAUUACACUCU